CCCAGGGAGCGAGACGCCACUCGGGGCGGGAGGGGUCAGCCCACCAAGCCCCUUUCAGAGCAGCUGUCCUCAGCCUGACGUUGAACUCCAACUCCCAUCGUCCCCAGCCAUUCCUCAGCUUUCCCCGGCAGCGUCAGAUUAUUUAGAAGAACUUCCUGAGACAGAUGAGCCCGCCUGGAUCUUAGGAAGACAGCACCACCUGAAAACAGAAAAAUCUAAGCUUCUUUCAGAUAUCGGCUCUCGUCUUUGGUUUACCUACAGAAGAAAAUUUUCACCCAUUGGUGGUACAGGUCCUUCAUCAGAUGCUGGCUGGGGUUGUAUGUUGCGGUGUGGACAGAUGAUGUUGGCUCAGGCUCUGAUCUGUCAACAUUUGGGAAGCGAUUGGCAGUGGGAGGAAUACAAAAAGCAACCCGAAGAAUAUAAAAAGAUUUUGUGCUGUUUCCUGGACAGAAAAGAUUGCUGUUACUCAAUUCAUCAAAUGGCGCAGAUGGGUGUUGGCGAAGGGAAAUCUAUUGGGGAAUGGUUCGGACCAAAUACUGUUGCCCAAGUACUCAAGAAACUUGCACUCUUUGAUGAAUGGAAUUCCUUAGCUGUUUACGUGUCUAUGGACAACACUGUGGUGAUUGAAGAUAUCAAAAAAAUGUGCCGGGUCCCAGGCCAGGGUUGCCCCAGGUCUCACUGCAGUUCACUGUCAUAUAGGAGCUCCGUCCACCCAGCCAAGACCUCGGGAGCUCCCGGUGGUAGUUGGAAGCCUCUGUUGCUGAUCGUACCCCUUCGCCUGGGGAUAAACCACAUCAACCCAGUCUAUGUCGACGCUUUUAAGGAAUGCUUUAAGAUGCCACAAUCUUUAGGAGCUUUAGGAGGAAAACCAAACAAUGCCUACUACUUUAUAGGAUUUCUGGGAAAUGAAUUGAUCUACCUGGACCCUCACACCACCCAGGUCUUUGUAGAUUUGGAUGAGAGUGGCGCAGUUGAUGACCAUAGCUUUCACUGCCAGCAAGCCCCCCACCGGAUGCAGAUAAUGAACCUCGAUCCCUCUGUAGCAUUAGGAUUCUUUUGUAAAGAAGAAAAGGACUUUGAUAACUGGUGUAGCUUUGUGCAAAAGGAGAUACAUAAGAAGCAGAGUCUGCGGAUGUUUGAGCUGGUUCAGAAGCACCCACCACAUUGGCCCCCUUUUGUACCUCCCACAAAACCAGAAGUCACCACCACCGGAGCAGAAAGCGCCCGAUUGCAAAAGAACCUCAGUUUAACAUGUGGUGUGAAUGAAGCUCCAAGGAUUAUAAGUGAACUAAGCCUGUUUGGACACUUGGCCCCAAGGGGGUAAAUUUCUGAAUGGCAGCUCCUUAAAGCAGUGGCAUGCUCCUAGGAAGUGAGACAGCAAUUGUGGGUGGGUGCUACUUUCCUGCUCUGAAGCAACUUUUUGAAAUCAAGGCCAAAGUUUGCUCGCUUGCACGAGCAAACGUCUUGUCCAUUUCUUCUGGAUCAAAAAAUUGAUCAAUUUGGGUGAAGUCAACAUUAAGCCUCUUAUGCCAUAACGGAAAGGAUGGUAAGGAAGUUUUAUUGCAGACAGCUAAGUUAUACUGGGAGAGGUCAUCUGCAAUCUCUGAUGGGUUGAUUUGUACCUCCCUCAUUUGCUUUCCAACAGCCAUUCUCCAUCCAAUUUCCCACAUAUAAGUAGUCCUCGACUUAACAAUGGUUCAUUUAGUGACCAACAUUACAAUGGUUGGGAAAAAAAGGUUUUUAUGACCAUUUUUCACACUUACGACGAUUGCAGUAUCCCCAUGGUCACAUAAUCAAAAUUUGGAUGCUUGGCAAUUGGUUCAUAUUUAUGACCGUUGCAGUGGCCCAGGGUUAUGGGAGUCACUUUUUAUGACCAGAAGGUCAUAAGUCAAUGGGGAAACCCGAUUCACUUAACAACCGUGUUAAUAACUUAACAGCAAAUUAACAGAACUGCAGUGAUUCCCUUAACAACUGUGGUUAGAAAGAUUGUCAAAUGGGGUGAAAUUCACUGAACAAAGAAAUUUUGGGCUCAAUUGAGGUUGCAAGUCGAGGACUACCUAUAGUUAGGAGUGCAGUUUUUGGUAUUCCCAGCCUUGGGGGGCAUCAGGUUGACAACACUUGAAUGGGGAGGUUUUUAUAAGAGCAAACCUAUUUUUACAAAGAAAUCCAGUUUCUCCGUUUU